AUGGGGAGUCCCACUCUUUUCUCAUCGAACGGUAUUAGACUAUUUAUUCUUGGAUGGAUUUUAACCGCUAUUACUAACUUUCCUGCUGCUUUUACACAUACCUCUGUCAACUCGGCCGUACUUAAAAUGAACGAAUAUUUGAACGAUUCGUUUACGGAUCGUUAUCGACCAUUGGACCAUCAUGAGGUUUCCUUAAUAAAAUCAACUAUAAAUAGUGUUUGGUAUGCUGGACAAGUGGUUGGUGCAGCUAUGAGUCCAUAUGUGUGCGAUAAUUGGGGAAGAAAACCGGCCUACAUUAUCUCAGUGGUACUGAUGACAGCAGCGUGUGGAAUGCAGAUGAUUGCUUCCCUCACACCUUUUCCAGAGAUUUUAAUAGUUGGUCGAAUAAUCACAGCCGUUUUCUCGCCGCUAAGUGAUGCAGCACUUAUUCUCUAUCUUCAGGAAAUUUCGCCCUCUAGCCUCAGGGGUACGAUGUCAUCAUUGUACUCUACAGGUUAUGCUGUAAUGUGUCUUUUCGGGAUGCUUCUCGGACAUGAAGAAGUGCUAGGUCACUCGCUCACAGUUCUCCUAUUCGUACCAGUUAUACCGGGACUGAUUUCUCUGCUGAUAUUGAUUUUCCUGCCAGAAACUCCUAAAUUUUUGAUAAUUUCGCGACAUAAUUUGAAGGCCGCACUUGCUUCGUUACGUUUCUAUCAAGGGGAUCGGGAGGAAUUGCAGGAGGAACUCGACAAAUUGCAAGUUGAAAGCAAACACAGUGAUUCGGGGAGAAAUGAGGGUGGUGUGAAGAUGAUUAUCACCACCAGUCAUCUUCGUCGAGCGUUCACAAUCUCAACCGCCGUUCUUGUCCUAACACUUCCUUUCUAUCCGAUUCUCCAGAACAGCACUUAUUUUUUCACUCAUCUACACGUUCCAAGCGAUAUAGCCCAGACCUGUUCUUCGUUGCUAAUGGUUCUACUUGCAUUCUCUUGCAUUAUCUCAACAUCCAUAGUGGAUAAACUUCCAAGAAGAUUUAUUUUGCUAAAAGCUGGUACAUCAUGCAUGUUCUCACUUACUGCUUUUGUCAUAGCUGCAGAAUACGGCUUCACAUACAUAGCCAUGACUGCCGUAUUCGUUUUCGUCUUCUCUUAUGGUGUUGGAGUUGGUCCUGUCGUGUGGUUCAUCUCUCCAGAGUUGGUGCCGCUACAGUACCGAUCAACAAUGUUCUGCAUGUGCUACGGUGUACAUUCGAUGCUAGUUGUGCUAACUAAUUUUGCUACAUUGCCUUUGAUAGGGGUUAUUGGAGCAGUUUGCUUCGUGCCCAUCUACAUCGUUCCAUGUUCUCUGGCACUCAUCUACGUGUACUUGUACCUACCGGAGACGCAAGGGAGAGAUACGCUGGAUAUUGUCCAGGAACUCAAAAGCCGUGCAGAGAAACGUGAUGCAACAAAUGCUUAA